AUGGAGAACCAACCGCAGGACGUCGACCAGUCCAAGUACAUCGACAAUGCUAUUCGCGCCGUCCGUGAGAAGAAGCCGCUCCCGGAGAUUGACUUCACCCUGCAUACUAUGGAGGAUGGAAACCAAGUGAGCACCCAGGAACGUGUGUGCAAAGACGUACAAGCACCCGCCUUCCACCCGCCCACCGACGAGCAAUUCUUCUCCCCUCAAGAUCGCACAAAGCCCAACAUCCAAUUUCUGAAGCAGCACUUCUACCGCGAAGGUCGCUUGACCGAACAACAGGCGCUAUGGAUCAUAAAGAAGGGCACAGAGAUCCUCAAGUCGGAACCCAACAUGCUGGAGAUGGACGCACCCAUUACCGUGUGCGGUGAUGUUCACGGCCAAUACUACGAUCUCAUGAAGCUGUUCGAAGUCGGUGGCGACCCAGCAGAGACGCGCUACCUCUUCUUGGGAGACUACGUCGAUCGCGGCUAUUUCAGUAUAGAGUGUGUUUUGUACCUCUGGUCGCUCAAGAUCUGGUACCCCAACACCCUCUGGCUUCUCCGAGGAAACCACGAGUGCCGCCAUUUGACCGACUACUUCACAUUCAAGCUCGAAUGUAAGCACAAGUACUCCGAGGCUGUGUACGAAGCCUGCAUGGACUCGUUCUGCGCACUUCCCCUAGCGGCUGUUAUGAACAAGCAGUUCUUGUGUAUACACGGUGGAUUGAGCCCCGAGCUUCACACUCUAGACGACCUGAAGAGCAUUGAUCGUUUCCGCGAGCCACCCACCCACGGCCUCAUGUGCGAUAUCCUCUGGGCUGAUCCCCUCGAGGAAUUCGGUCAGGAGAAGACCAACGACUUCUUCGUCCACAACCACGUCCGCGGAUGCUCAUACUUCUUUUCGUACCCCGCUGCGUGCGCUUUCCUCGAGAAGAACAACCUUCUGUCAAUCAUCCGCGCACACGAGGCGCAAGAUGCUGGAUACCGAAUGUACAGGAAAACACGGACGACUGGUUUCCCCAGUGUCAUGACAAUCUUCAGCGCGCCGAACUACCUCGACGUAUACAACAACAAGGCUGCGGUUCUGAAGUACGAGAACAACGUCAUGAACAUCCGACAGUUCAACUGCACACCGCAUCCAUACUGGCUACCUAACUUCAUGGACGUCUUCACAUGGUCAUUGCCAUUUGUCGGCGAAAAGAUUACUGACAUGCUCAUUGCGAUCCUAAACACCUGUUCGAAGGAGGAGCUCGAAGAGGAGACGCCCAGCUCUCUGGCUUCCGGUCCAUCAUCGCCACCUCUCUCCAGUCUCGACCCAGAUUCGACCGAGUUCAAGCGACGUGCGAUCAAAAACAAGAUUCUGGCGAUUGGUCGCCUCUCUCGUGUGUUCCAAGUGCUGCGUGAGGAGUCUGAGCGUGUCACUGAGCUCAAGACUGCAUCGGGUGGUCGACUUCCCGCGGGUACGCUCAUGCUCGGUGCGGAGGGAAUCAAGCAGGCAAUCCACAGCUUCGAGGACGCACGCAAGGUCGAUUUGCAGAACGAGAGGCUCCCGCCGAGCCACGAGGAGGUGCGAAAGUCUCAGGAGGUUAGCCGAGAGCAGGCUCUCGAGAAGGCCACCAAAGAAGCCGACAACGACCAAGGUCUCGCGACUGUCGCAAGACGCAUCAGCAUAGUCGCUGUUCUCGGUUUGAACAGUCAAUUGAGUGCGCAGCAACUUGCACGGCUACUACUCGCAGAUCCGCUCAGUGCUGAGGAGCAGUGGGAGAAGGAACUCGUGAAAUCACGCGACAGCAACGAGAGAGCGGUAUUGCUAAAAUACGGCGACGAUGCCGAUGCACAUGCGCCUUCGCCCCUCUACAAGGUCCUCUCUAUACCCUCACGAACCCUUCAAUCGCACAACCUAGAGGUCCUCGUCUCUACCAUCAACGUCAAUGUCGCAAAAUCCCUACCCCAUAUGGUAACAGAGAGCUCCACCGAAUCGUUGCUGGUUCCCAAGCUCCAGGCCACUUCCGCACGAGGAUUGCCCGUCCCAUACCCGGUACACAAGACUCUAGUAUUAGGAGAAGGACUGGACAGCGCCAUAGCAUUUGGCAGAUUCUCGGCGGAUGGUCUGAACGAGAUGGAUGAUAUGGUGAAGAUGGCCGUCGACCUCCCCGCCCCGUCGGACGAAGUCAAAUCAGAUACCCACGCCCCAAGCGCUCCCAUCAACCUCCAAGUUGGCACGAAAGCGCUCGACAGCUUCCGCGAGUCGAUCCAAAAUUCCAUCAUCUAUGAGCGAGGGUGGUUCAAAAGUGGUUUGCCAACGCUGUCGGAGUGGUUAGUCCAAGACCUUCAGGCCACCGACGCUAUCAAGCCCCCGAUGAAGACGCUUGUAGCUUCUAUAGCCGACGAUGUAGAAGCGAGCAUCGCCAAACAAGACGCUGCUCGGCUGCAACAGCUUGCUCCAGUCCAGACCCAAUCAGACGUCACAACCUCCAUCGUCGGUCAUCUCGAGACCUGGGCCGAGAAGUCUCAUGCGGAGCUCCGUGACGAGCUUGAUGAAGCCUUCACGGCCCGGAACUGGCACAAGUUGGCUUGGUGGAAGCUCCUCUGGCGUGUGGACGACGUCACGAUGAUAAGCUCCGAGAUCCUCGAGCGGCGAUGGCUCGUCUCAGCGGAGAAGAACAGCAUCUACCUCGCUGGUCGCAUGAACCAAGCUGGUUUCCCAGAUGACGUUCAACACCUCGCCGUUGCCGACAUCCCGGAAGUGACAACGCAGGACACAGCGCCGACAGCAGAGAAUCCGCGAACAGAUCUAUCCACCAACGUCCGGAAACCAAUACCAUGGCCUGAACACAUCGCGGCUGCUCGCACAGAACUCAUCAACGACACCGUGCCACCUCUGCAGGCACUCGCUCAACGACUUCUCCUACAGACUUUCAGCACCACAUCUCUCUCGUCCGCUGCCUCAGCACUGCUAUACGCUUCCAUGUCUACCUUCUCGGUCUUCGAGGCUUCAGCCGUCGCGGCACUCGGUCUUACAUUUUCUCUUCGCCGCAUGCAGAAACUAUGGGAAGGUGCUAGAGAAUCAUGGGAGGGUACCCUGAGAGAAGAGGGUAGACGCACGUUGAAGGGUACAGAGGAGAGAGUCAGGUUCAUCAUCAAGAAUGGAGGCAAGGAGUACGUUGAGGAUGAAAGCGUAGCUGAGAGCAGGGCAGCGAGGGAAGCUGUAGCAAAGGUCAGGGAGGCACUUGAGCGGAUGAACGGUGGAGAUGGCAAAGGAAGUGUAUGA